ACAAGUCAACAUUGUAUUUUGAAAUGCUGCCAGUUUGUUUGUUUAGUUUGGAUUUAUUGAAUGUGAACAUUUCAUUUAGCCCCUGCUUGAAUACACAUAUUAUGUUUGGUUUUGCAGAGAUAGGGAGCAUGGCGCCUAUUCUCAGUCUGAUCUAAAUCCAGGUAUAUUCUUGAGGUUCUCAAAGUUCUUGAGGAAGUGAUUUUUUCCCACAAACAACACAUAUUAACAUACCUAAUGCAAAAAGGCGACAAUCUCUUGAUAUUAGUAAUUCGUUUCUUCCCCAAGAAAAUUGGAAUUAAGUAAUCUGUAGAACACCAAAUAACCUGGCUGUUCAAAGACUGCCUAAGAAUAGCGCACGGAUAGUUUUCAGCAGACCUGUCGUGGUUUUGAAAUCUUAAGAUUUAACGGGUGAGUCAGUGAGGAAAAGGGUUUCUGUGAAGCAUCAAUUGCAUUCCCUUCGCCCAUAUGGCGAAAGCAUUCAUCUAUGGUUCAGAAGCGUCACCUACGUCGUCUCCAGGACACGCUAAUCCGUCCCGCCUCGUGUCAACCUUUGGGACGCACCUGCAGAAGCCGUCGCCCCGCCUACGGACCGGGGUGUGUUGAGUUUUGACCGGUGAAACUUCUAACAAACUUGUGCAUUGAUUGACUAACAGGAUGAAGCCAGUAGCUACCCUAUGCUGCCAGAGCAACUUCACAUCAAUACGCCCAGUCAAGAGAUGGAGGUAGAUGGGCUGAGUUCUGAGGUGUUUGAGGGGAUUGGUCCAGAUGACCUGAUGUCUCACGGCUCCACGCUCUCCCUCACCCCCCUCAUCCCCUGUACCUCAGCACCUCUACGCCGCUCCUUACCACAGAGCAUUCCUCUCAGAUCCAGAAAUGAGACCAAGGCUACACAGGCCCCCAGCAUACCCAAUCCAUUUCCUGAGCUAUGCAGCCCCUCCAACUCCCCUGUUCUCAUUGGCUCUCUGGCAGGAAAGAGCAUUCCGUCUGAGAAGGACAGCCAUGUUGUUCAAGUGUACGGUGAGGAUACCCUGGGCCGGUCAUUAUCUGUGUUGUCGGGGGCAACGGCACGGGAUGUGUGUCAGAUGCUUGUCCAGACAGCCCACUGCAGUGACCAGGAGAGCUGGGCCCUCAUCGAGCUCCACCCCAGCCUGGGCCUGGAGCGAUGCCUGGAAGACCAUGAGCGAGUGGUGGACAUACAGUCCUCCUGGCCUGCAGAUGGCAGCACUAAAUUACUUUUCAGGAAGAACUACGCCAAAUACGAGUUCUUCAAGAAGGCCAAGCUAUUCUUCCCUGAAAACAUGAUCUCAGACAGCGCCGAUGUCACCAAGGGUGUGACUUCAUCAGAGCUUGUGCAGACCCUCCUGCAGUCAGGGACGUGUCCAGAGAUCCAGGGCUUCCUGCACGUGAGGGAGCUGGGCCGCAAGGCCUGGAAGAGGGUCUACUACUUCCUGCGGCGCUCUGGGCUGUACUGCUCCACCAAGGGCUCGUCAAAGGAGCCUCGGCAUCUACAUUAUGUGGCAGACCUGGCGGACCUGAACAUGUACACCGUCACCAACAGCCGCAAGCUCUACACCGCACCCAGCGAACACACUUUCUGUGUCAAGACUUGCAGUGACCGCACACGUUCUCAGGACAUGAAGCUGCUCUGUGCUGAGAGUGAGCAGAGUCGGACCUGCUGGAUCACUGCUUUCAGGCUCUUCAAGUAUGGGAAGCAGCUGCAGUGCAAUUAUCAACUGUCCCAGUCCAGUGUGAGACAGCAGGUGUCCCCACGCGAUGCCAAGGUCAGAGAGACAGAGGAUUCUCUGGUUGCCAUGGAUUUCACAGGGAAGAGUGGCGGUCGCGUCAUCCAAAACGCCAAAGAGGCCGAGAGUGCUGAGCAGGAGGAGGGACAGGCAUGGAGGAAGAGAGAAGCCCUACGAUACAGUCUGCCUAACGCACCACAGGGCUCGAGGCCUUCUUCUGUGCACCAGACCCAGCCAUGGUUCCAUGGGGGUGUGUCUCGCUGUGAAGCCCAGAGGCUCAUAGAGGAGCAGGGCCAGGUGGACGGGAUGUUCCUGAUUCGGGCGAGCCAGCAGCAUGCCCAGUGUUUUGUGCUCUCACUGUGUUACAGACUCAAGACCAAACACUACCUCCUCAUCCCUUAUGAGGAGGCAGACAGGAAGUACUACACCAUGGACGACGGUGAGACAGUCUUCAUAGACCUGCUCCAGCUGGUGGAGUUCCACCAGAUCAACCGCGGCAUCCUGCCAGUCCGCCUCAAACACCCCUGUGUGCGCGUCGCCCUCUGAACACACACACACACACACACACACACA